AUGGCGACCUCGCCUAUCGUGACUUCGUUGGAUUUAGCAUUCCUGUGCAUUCUUGUCCGCUGUUGCCCAAUGUCGGACGGCAACUACAGUGCCAAUCCAUGCAUUCCAAUGACUGUCGUUCUCGAUGCGUGUGCCAUUAUCACGGGAAACUACAACGGGAAUGGCCAUCUCUUUUGUGACCGAGAAGGGAAAUCACCCGUUCCAUCAUCUCUUCUUGAAGCGGGUGAAUACUUCUAUGUCAUCGACGAUUAUCCUAGUUUCAAUUACCCGCUCUUCGCCUCAUUCGACGUCUGGGUUCCACCUCCUCGCAGCGACGUACCCGACCAUUGGUUUUCUCCCCAAUGUCCAAAGAAGCAGGAUCUCUACCCAGUCACCCCAGUACGAUGGACCGAUAUCGACGCCACCAACCCAAGUGCCGGUAUUUGUGGCCCGUCGAAGGUGCCCACAUUAUCCCCGUGGAUAAUGGUCUUUGGGCAUGUAUGCUAUAUCAACCUGCAUGCCUUUAUUACUGACAUUGCCCAGUACACUACUCACCAAGUUCCAGAACAGCUGCGUUACCCCAAUAUCUAUCCGCACACGCUGAGCGGUCCCCACUUCGUGCACGAUAUUCGCAACUUCCUCACCCUUCGAGUCGAUAUCUAUCAGAGGUGGGACAAGCACACGUUUUUCUUCGUUCCCUUCAAUGGAUCCCUCGUGUUGUAUUUCAUUGGGCCACUUCCCGACCUAUAUUCGAUCCAGUAUCAUUUUGGAAAGCCCAACCUUCCGGAACGCGUUGACCCUUACCUUCUCUUCAUCCGGUUCGCUUUGGCAAUCUUCACCUUACUUUUUACUUUAAUUAUUAUUUGUACUUUAUAUUUUAAAUAUAAAGUAAUAAAAAGGCUUGCUCACCCCAAGCAAUACAAGGUGCCCUUGAAGGGCAGUGGCACUCUAGAAGAACAGGGAGAUGUUGUGGAGGAGGGAGGUUAUGGGGACAAUGUGUCAGAGUCGGCAGAGUUUGAAGAGUUAGGGGAUGGCCCAAGGCUGCUUGUCAAGAUUUAUGAAGAUAAUGGCUGGGAGCUCCCCCCUGAUCUCGCUGCAGCUUUUAUCCCGCGGGAUGAGAAGAUUGAGGCUGCAAAGCUUGCUUGGUUCGAAGCCAACCCGCAAAUUUGUCAGCGAUCAGAGGCUACCACUGGUGUCGCAAGUGAGAUUCCGUUCGAGUAG